UCUUAAUUACAUUUACUAUUUAUGUAACAAAUUAUUAAAAAAAUGGAUUUAGAAGCAACUCUAGUUGAACGAUUAGAAAAAUUAAGACAAUGGCAAUUGGAACAGCAGGAACGAUUAUUGAAACAGCAACAGAUGCAAAGAGAAAUGUUAACUCAGAAGCAGGACUGUAUAUAUAAAGCACUUGAAUUAUCUAUCCAAGAACUUGACCUUAGUGAGAAUAUUUUGCAUGUCAAUGAUUUAAAUAAAUCUGAAACUGAUAAUGAAUAUUCAAUGGACCUUAAUGAAUCAGGGAGAAUAAAAAACUAUAUGGAAAUUGUUGAACAAAAUGUAAAUAAUUGUAACAAUUUCAUUUCUCAACCACAACUUCCUUGUAAAGAAUCAAUUGAGCAGACAAAAGAUAAACAUGACAUAAGAUUAACACUACUUUCCCCCCAACAAGGAAAAGAAUUAGAGCAAUUCAUAAUAGAUGGAAUAGCACCAUUAUCAUAUAAUGAAACAUUAACUAAUCAUAUUUGCAUUGAUGAUGUACCAAUUCCUUCCCCAAAUAAAGAUUUUCGUACCUUACUUGAAGAAAAAUUGAAAGACUAUGAAAAUGUGUCUGGGGAGAAAACUAACAGCAAUUCAGUAACUAAAGUAAAGAAGCCGUUUUUAAGGAAAGGAGAAGGCCUAUCUAGAUUUAAAUUAAAUCGAGAGUCACAAUCUUCUACCAGAAAAACAAGAUCACGCAGUGCAUCUUUUUCUACUAGCACACAGCCUAAUUCUAAACAUUCUAAGAAUGAAUUCAGAUGCGACAAUGUUAAUAGAUCUACAAGAAAUACACAAAUGACAAAAAGUUUGCAUCGUACAAAUGAACCACAAAAGCAUUUGGGUUUGAAAAGUGUUCCCUUACCAAAAAGAAAAGUUCGUAGUAAAUCUGAGUCUAGUACUUCAGUUACUCAACUGGAGGAUUAUGUUCAGAAUGUUAAAAAUGCUGAAUCAAGUACAUCGGACUUUGACUCAAGAACACAGAAAGAAAUGGAAGAAGUAAGGGUAUUUGAAUUAUUAGAAGAAAAAGCAGAGAAUUCCAGCUUCUGUUCUACAUCUAGUACAGUUGUUGCAUUCUUGCAACAAUCAACGCCAUUUAAGAUGAAAAAACAUCAAAGUCCAAUAAUUAAAAAUUCCAAGAGUCGAUCAGCCUUUAAAUCUAAUCAUGCUUAUGUAUGUACAACUCCUAUUAAAACCAAUGAUUCUUGUUGCAACUAUAAAUCCAAUGGAAAUCAAAAAGAAUUCCUCUCAGUAAAAAAUAAUAAAGUUUCAAGUAAUGCAAAAGCUUUGGACGAUAUUAAGGAAAAUACUAAAAUAGAUACAAAUAUCAAGAGGCACACAGCAUCAGGAAAUCAACUUCAAUCUACACAGAGUCAACAAAACUGUUAUGAUAUUCCUAAUGCUGAGAAUGGUAAUGAUGUUAGUCUUCACGUCAGAUUUUCUGAGUACAACGAAUAUAAAACUAUUGGAUUAACAGACACAUCAAGUAUAUCAUCUGAAUCAUUAACACUAACAAAUUUCUGUGAUGAAAAGGUUUGGAAUGAUACUUUAACUUCAGAAGUAUUUGAUACAGAAAUGUUAUCACAGUCCCCAACAGUGAUACAAGAUAAAAUGCGAAAUAAUGAUGAUAAACCCAAAUGUGAACAUAGCAAUGGAGAAGAAGAAUUAAGUUAUAAGUCCUUACAUGGAACUAUCACACAAAAGAAUGGUUUUAAUUAUAAUGAGGAUAUACACCAACAAAUUUACCAUAACAAUGAAUCAGAAUUCUCAGAUACUACUGACCAAUCUCGUGACGAUGAACAGAGUAUUUUAGGAGAAUAUGAUACAAAUAAAUCAAUCUUGCAGGAAAUUAAUAAAUUGUAUAAUACCGAAAAAUCGAAGAAAUGUGUAGACAAAUGUAACACUAAAGAAAGAAACGAUUUAGUAGAUAAUUAUAAUGAUAUGGCCAGACCUAAUGGUCAAAGAAGUGAAGAAAAUUUACAGAAUACAAAUAAAACUAUCUUCAAAUCAGAACUUUUAAAAAAUCGUUUACUGGAGCUUGAACAAGAAAUUAGCAUAUUCCGUAAAGAAAACACAGCUUUAUCUAUUCAGCGCAAAAAGUUAGAAGAAGAUCACAGAAAUUUAUGUAAAGAAUAUGCAGACAAAGAAAAAAACUUAGAAGAUAGCAGAAAACAGAUGGAAGACCGUUUACAAGAUGAAAGAAAAAAGCUGGCUCGUGAAAAAGCUGCAUUAGAAAGUAGGAUGCGGGAUUCACAAGAGAAAGCCCAACAGAGUAAGUUGGAAAGGCAGGAAAUACAAAGUUUAAGGCAGGAAUUAGAAACAUUAAGAGAAGAAUUUCAUAUAAAAGAAAGUAGAUGGAACGCUGCACAAUCCAGACACAAGUGUCAAAUGAGGAUAUUAAGAAUGGAGAACACCAAAUUAAAGCAAGAGAUUGAAAGAUUACAAAAUUUGAAAAAAAGUAAUGUUCGAAGCAAAGGAAAAUCUGGAAAUUUUUCUAAUACAAGAGCAAUUCAUCAAAUUAAUAAGCAAAUUAACAUGCAGCAUGAAGAAUCAAAAAAAUCUAAUGAUAAUUCAUCAUCAGAGGAGACUGAUCAGAAGUUGGUAGAACACAUAACAAAAGCCACUGGUAAAAUUGACUCUCAGGAUGCAGAAGAAGACAAAUAUAAUUGUAAAAACAAUAAGAGUAUUCUGAAUGAAAGGCUACAAAAGAAUCAGACAAGUAUGGUAAAUGUUGCUAAAAAACGUAGUUUGUAUGAAAAUCUAAUUAAGGAGGCAACAGUAGAUUUAAUGGAAGUUCAAGAACAACUUUAUACUUCAGAAAAUUUAAACGAAUCUAAAUCUGAUUCAAACGGUGAAUUAAGAAAGCUGAGUAGGUCAAUAAAUACCAUAAAGAAUGAUUCUGAAGAGCUAAUAAAAGAUUCUGAUGCUGUAGUUUUUACUCAUACUAAUUCAAAUGAAAAUGCUCAAUUACAUGUACAGAAUGAAUAUGAACAGUCUAUAUCUUCACCCAAAAUGUCUCACAAGCAACAUAAUCAGAAACUAACAUCAGUAUCACCAGAUGAAUUACUGUCGAACACUUGUAUAAAAAAUACAUCACCAUGCCAAAGUAAUUCUAAUGUUGAUAAACAAGACAUAAGGCAAAUUCAACAUCCUGACGGACGUAUCGAGUAUUGGUAUCCAAACGGAAAUGUUAAAAAGAUUUUUCCUGAAGAAGGUUUGACUAAGUUAAUAUAUUACAAUGGAGAUGUUCGAGAAACUAAUAAAGAUGGAAAAAUAAGAUAUUUCUAUGCAUCAACUCGUACAUGGCAUACAACAAUGCCGGAUGGUUUAGAAAUUUUAGAAUUUGCCGAUGGUCAAGUGGAAAGAAGAUUACAUGAUGGUGCAGUGGAAGUAUCAUUUCCAGACGGUUCUGUACGAAUUCUGGAAUCAGAUGGAUCUGAAAAAUGGACCCUACCGGAUGGAACCUUAAUUCAAACUUUUACUAAUGGAGAGAAAGUUCUUUCUUUACCAAACGGACAACGAGAAAUACAUACUAAGACUCACAAGAGACGAGAAUAUCCUGAUGGUACAGUUAAACUUAUUUAUCCUGAUGGCACUCAAGAAACACGAUACUCAAAUGGUAGGAUACGUUUGAAAGAUAAAGAUGGUAAUCUUUUAAUGGACUCGUAUCAAUAAAAUCAGGAAAUAUUAUUAGGAAUUUGUAUUUAGAAGUAAUAUUCACUACAUGCCCCAUUAAAAAUAAUGUGCAUGAUACAUAAGUAUAUUUUACAAAGUUUCUGUACAGAUGUAGCAUAUUAUAAUUAGGUAUAAGUAAUAUUUAAGUAUA